CUUGCCUGAGGCAUCCGGAUUGCGCGUCAGCCCGCGAGAAUCGUGACACCGUUUUCUGCCAGAUGCGUCGCGCCAUGGACCUGGUUCAUUACGUGGUCAAAGACGGGGUUUUGAGCAACGGCGAUGGUGCCCCACCACCGGAAACUGAGUCUGAUCGCGGCACGGCCUACUCCUGCAUGCGCAGGUUGAUGGUGGUGCUCGAACAUACCAAGAUGGCUAUGGACCCUUCUUGCCAAGAAACCCUUCCAGCCGCUUUAGAGGCUGUCCUAGAAAGAACUCAGGAUUUCACUGAUAGUGCCUAUACUAGCCAUGAACAUAGAGAAGCUAUUUUAGAAAGUAGCGAAAGAAUAAAAACUGAAAUGGAUCACCUUCUUGGAUUGUACGCAAAUAUUGAUGGUUUUGAGAACGUAUCCACCUGUCCAGAACUGGACUCGGCGGUGCAAACGUGUAUAAAUUCUGCGCGCGACCUGUCGCGCCAUCUAGCGAACGCAGCUAUCCAACAAGCCCAGGAGCUUUCGACUGCCACGAAACAAGGCUUGGAGCUUGUUGCAGCCAUCAGGCAACAGGCAGUUAUGUCAGAUGUAGAACGGUUGCACCACACCUCUAAUGCGUUCCACGAUUCUAUUGAUCAUGUUCUUGAGGUAUGCAAACUUCUCCGACACGUGGCGGUCUCUGAAACCCUGCAGGUGUCAGCGAAGUUCACCGAGAUUAAUCUGCGUGUGUAUGGUCCUCAAGUGGUAACCGCAGCGAAAUGUUUGGCUGCUCAUCCCUCAAGCAAGAUCGGGAGAGAAAAUCUAGAAGUUUUUGCAGACAUGCAUCAAUGGUUAGUGCAAGACGUCACCAAUGUCGUGAGAGAUGUCCUUGAAGCCAGCCAAGCUAGCAGGCCUGAGAAACAGGUGUAUAUGUCACUGCCUAGGCCCGGGAAACACGGUACGACAUCCAAGCCUUUGAAAGCAGUCAGACUGGAUACGGAAGAGCAAGAGAAGAUAGCAAAAUCUGGACUAGAAAUGAAACUCAUCACCAGCGAAAUGGAUGCAGAGACAGAUAAGUGGCAGGAAAGUAACAGCAAUGCUCAAUUGGAAGUAAAUGAGGAAAAUAAUGACAUUGUGAAAAGGGCGAAAAACAUGUCAGCGAUGGCAUUUUCGAUGUACCAGUUUACGAAAGGAGAAGGCGAAUUGAAGACUACUCAGGAUCUCUUUACUCAAGCGGAAUAUUUCGCUGAGGAAGCAAAUAGGCUAUAUAAAGUCAUAAGGCAGUUUAGUUACCAGGUGCCUGGGGGAGCCCCUAAAAAGGAGCUCCUGGCCAACCUGGACAAAGUGCCAACGUAUGUCCAACGGCUGCAGUUCACCGUGAAGGAUCACACGGUAGGCAAGGCUGCCACUUUCACGAAGGUGGACAACGUCAUCCAAGAAACUAAGAAUCUUAUGAACGUUAUUUCUAAGGUCGUUACUACAUGUUUCGAAUGCGCUACCAAGUACAACUUAGCGUUGCCAAAGAGAGUGAACUUUCCAUGCGCAAGUCUGGACGGCAAGUUAUUGCCGGUUCAACUGAGCCCGCAAGCCUUGCACAGGAUUGCCAAGUCCCGCAGUGCGACGUUGCCAAGAUGACUGGUAUGAACUUGCUAGGUGUUGCUGCGGAUUCGGCAGUGUUGCUAACAGUGCUGCUUUUGAUAGACUAACCACUAAUCACUUUGGUAACGUGAUGAAUUAUUG